AUGCCAGACACACAAUACACUAAGCUCUGCAAGCUCGACUACAAGGCCGCGCUGGUCUUUGCAGCAGCUCUCGACUGCAAUGAGGGUAAAAUAACACCGCAACAACUACAAAGAACAGCCGAAACAACGGCAUGGGAGUCAGAACACCUUCUAGAUGGUCUGUACUUCCAUGCACGAAACCUGAAAGUUCCAGGUGUUGGUAUCAUCUUCACAAAGAAUUCUUCGCCAGGAGCCCGCUUCCUGGCUGAGGUCAAAAAAUCAUGGAUGGAACCUGGAGCACGAAUAAUCCUCCCACUAGGUUUUUGUGAGCACUGGGACUUGAAGUUAUGA